GACCGGCCCCUGCUGGCGGACGAGGUGUUCGCGGCGUAUUACGGCCCCGGGGCGUCGGCCCGGCGGUUCCGCGCGGCGCUGGUGGAGGUGGCCAACGCCAACGCGGCCCUGGACUUCCUGCCGGCGGCGCGGGACGACCCGGUGCUGCACUUCGACGGCGAGCUGCUGCGGCCGGCCGGCGCCUCCCUCCUGCGCGCCCGGCGCGAGGUGCUGCAGGCCCUGGGCGCGGAGCUGUACCCCCUCGCCCGCCAGCGCCUCGGCCAGCUGCUCCACUCCCUGCAGGUCCGCCCCGGACACCGGGGUCCCUCCGCCCCCUUGUCCAUCCCCGUCUGUCUGCCCGCCACUCAGCUCCAGCCCUCUGGUUACCCAGCGUCCGUCCAUCU